UUUCGCAAGGGGCGGAGUUCCUACACACAAUGUGUUUUACCCUUCAGACGUGCGGGAAGAAACGUGAUUCAAUGGUAUUAAACCGUUAGUUCGGGAGAGAGACCGGGCGAGACCCGCGGUGUACAAGCAUCCUCAAGGGUAAACAGCAAAGAGGAUCAUGGGGGGAGUGGUUGUGGACGACGGCCCCAGCGGAGUGAAAGCUCCGGAUGGAGGUUGGGGUUGGGCGGUCCUAUUUGGCUGCUUCGUCAUCACUGGAUUCUCCUACGCCUUUCCAAAAGCUGUGAGUGUAUUCUUCAAGGAGCUGAUCCGUGAGUUUGGCGUUGGCUACAGUGACACAGCGUGGAUCUCCUCCAUCUUGCUGGCCAUGCUCUAUGGAACAGGUCCUCUAUGCAGUAUUCUGGUGAAUCGCUUUGGCUGUCGCCCAGUGAUGUUGGUGGGGGGUCUGUUCGCCUCUUUAGGAAUGGUCCUUGCAUCUCUUUCUACAAGCAUCAUUCAUAUUUACCUGUGCACAGGGGUCAUCACAGGUUUGGGCCUGGCUCUGAACUUUCAGCCGUCCCUCAUCAUGCUGAACCGAUACUUCAGUGAGAAGCGCCCUCUUGCUAAUGGGCUAGCAGCCGCAGGUAGCCCAGUUGCCCUGUGCUGUCUGUCCCCGCUGGGCCAGGUAUUACAGUACAGUUAUGGCUGGCGUGGAGGCUUCCUCAUCCUAGGUGGGAUUCUGCUGAACUGCUGUGUAUGCGGAGCCCUCAUGAGGCCCCUGGUGGACCCAAAGAAGCCAAAGGACGACAAGGGUCAGGAAGCUGCAGCGGUGGAGAAGAAGCCCAAAGCUAAGCUUCUGGAUUUCACUGUGUUCAAAGACAGGGGCUUUCUCAUUUACACUGUGGCUGCCUCCAUCAUGGUGCUGGGCCUGUUUGUGCCACCAGUCUUCGUGGUGAGCUAUGCGAAGGAGCUGGGCAAUGAGGACACCAAGUCAGCCUUGCUCUUGACCAUUUUGGGUUUCAUUGAUAUCUUUGCCCGGCCCACCUGUGGCAUCAUCGCUGGCCUCAAAUGGGUGCGGCCGCGUUGCGUCUACCUGUUUAGCUUUGCCUUGAUCUUCAAUGGCACCACAGACCUGAUUGGCUCCAUGUCCAUGGACUAUGCCGCGUUAGUCGUCUUCUGUAUCUUCUUUGGCGUCUCCUACGGCAUGGUGGGUGCGCUCCAGUUUGAGGUGCUGAUGGCCAUUGUGGGCACCGAGAAGUUCUCCAGUGCCAUCGGCUUGGUCUUGCUGAUGGAAGCCAUUGCUGUGUUGGUGGGACCGCCCUCUGCAGGCCGUUUGCUUGAUCACACCCAUAAAUAUAUGUUCGUCUUCUUGUUGGCUGGCACUGAGGUGGUCCUGUCUGCCAUAGUGCUCGCCACGUGCAACUUCUUUUGCAUCAAGAAGAGCCCACAGGUUUCAGAAGCUAAGCUGGAGAUGGCCGUGGCAGAGACGGAGACGGAGCAGCUCAACAAGCCGGCGGAGGAUGAGCAGCAGAGAAGCAAAGAGGCGGAGAAAGAGCAGCAGGGGGAGAAUGAGACAGAAAUGGAGAAGGACCUGGAAGACAAGCAGCCCAGCAGCCCCCAAGCGCAGUCUGAAGCGGAGGAAACCCCAAAGGACAGUGAAGAGCAAAAUGGAGGUCUCGUCGCCAACACAGAAACCUAUCUCUGAGAAGCAAGAACAGCAAAAAGGAGGAGAAAGCAAGCUGAAAUUUCACAACCUCCCGCUGACGAAACGAUGAGAAAACCAUGUACGUGUUACAACAAAGGGGACUCUACUGCCUCCUUUGCUAAUAAUUGGUGUUACAUAGUGUUUUGUGUGGUGUAAUAUGCUCUAGUGGGUUCUGUCAGAAUGCCUAGCAGACACACGUGCUGAUGAUGAAUCAAAGAAGCAUCCCGAAAUGGAACAAACUAUUACUGCCUCUCACAUAAAAGGAGGCGAGAUUCUCUCUGUAGAAGCACUCCAGCCUUUUCCCUCACUGCGAAGAUGCUUCCAAAGCAUUGUUAGAAUUUCCAGAGAUUUCCACCUUUCCUGCAAUGGUAUCCUGAAAAUCUUGAAUUCACCUUGUAGGCUCGAGUCUGAAUCUGACUGUUUUAGCUUGCUUUAACCUUGCAUCUGGAGUGAACGCAAACUCUAUACUGCGUGGACCUUGUCAGUAUGUUCGUCGUGACCCCCAGUGGUAUGACCGUGGCCAAGAAUGCAAGACGAAGACAGCAGGGUCCUGCUUCAAAUCCUGAAUCACUGUUCCAGGUAAUAUUCACACGGUAUAUAAAUAUUUACACUUAAUGGAGCUAGAAAGUUUAAGGGACUGUAGCCCUGAUAAAUAAAAAUCAAAAUGCCGAAUAUUGCGCACGCAAGCAAGUUCGUGCUUUAUGGCUGUAGCGAAUAAGAACAUCUAGUUUAAAGGUUAUACGCAGUGCACAGAAUCACCUGAUACCUACAUUCUGUGAUAUUGUGAGCAUAGUUCAUAAAUGUCAGCAUAAGGAUACAUUUUUUGCUGUCAAACUAAAGAAGAGGCGACUUGCAGGCUCUUAGAUUCUUGAUUAUUUAAAAAGGUUCACAGAGAGCUUUUGUUGAACCUUGAUAAGGCAGUACAGUAAAACCUUUAAGUACAGUCACAGAGGGAGACAUGAUGUGCUUAUUACUCUCAUGCAUUUUUUGCUUUUUUUUUUAAAUGUAUUUUUAAAUGAACCGUUGAGUUAUUUUCAUGAUGCAUGUCAUUUAGGAUCUUAAGUAUAUUUCUGGUUUGCCGAGAAACUGGUUAAAAUGGGCAUUAGUCACUGUACAUGGGACACACUGUUUUGUUUUCACUGUCCGUAGGAACUGAAAAACAGUUUUUGUUUUUUUUUUUUUUUGUUCCUACAUCUACAUACAUUUCCCCUGAUAUCCUUUAUGCAAAAGUGGGCUUGAAAAUGUUGGUAUUGAGUUCACAGACAAACUACUGCCUCAGUUUAUGGUUUAAUUUCGAGAUCCAUAGCUAGUUAGUGAUUAAGUCUAAGCUAUUAAAAUAAUAAACUGGUUGAUCUUCAGCCUCCUGUUUAGUGUGAGCUGGACCAUGUAUUGGAACCCGGUCAGAAGUCCGGCAACAAGACCAACAGGCUUCUUUAAAGUGCACAUUAGCUCAUCCUGUUCCUUGGACCAAUUCUUGGAUGCCUUGCCUGCUGCUUAUUGCUGAGUGUGACAUCACUGCUUGUAGGGAGCACUGGGAGAGGAAGAUGGGUCACUUUUGGGGAAAGCCUUAAAGAAGAAACUAGAGGGCGAGGCUGGCUUGUAAUAUUUUUUUUUUGUAUAACAACAAAAGCCCAGUUUAUCCACUGUGUCCUGUUGGUAACUAAAGACCAUUAAAGAGUCUUUCCUUCUUUUCGGAUGUAAAUGUCACAGGCCUUUCAUGCACUGGAUUGCUGAAAUUAUUUUACGGAAAUUGCAUACGUGUGAAGCUGAGUUUUAGUCUGGCCUCCUGUUGAAUGUAACGCAACAGCAAUUUGCAAUCUGCACAGGACCCCGUUUCCUCGCACAGGUACAACCUCCAUCCUGCAGUGGCCCUGCAUUUGUGUCUGUUUGUGCACGUUUGUAUGGAUAUUUCUGGCGUGUGACCCAUAGUACUGUGUUGCACCAUCAUAUGUGAAGCUGUACCGCUCUCUCAGUUUCGCGAGCAGAGGGGAGGGACGUCUAACCACCAGAAGCAUACAAUCUUAGGGACUAAAGGAGAAGUUAUUUAAAAAAAAAAAAAAACAACAUUUGCAUUUCACAAGUUCAAACAGAGCACAGGGACUCUGCUGUUUUGCCUCCUCCCAGGCUUAGAGCAGAAUGAUAAGGAUAAUUGUCACACGGUUUCAAGAAAUGCUACUAGUAAAACGGAUACAAGUAGGUGCUUGUGGUAAAUGGUAAAUUGUUGAGCAACUAACCUCAGCUAUUUCAGCGGCAGAUGUGUUACUGUCAUACACUCUGCAGCAGUGGGCUUAAGGCGUCCAGCUGCCACUUUCUCGGUCCGUAUUGCUGCAGACUGUCCUCAGCAUUUAGGUCCCCAACCCCCCCCCCGAUCUCCACAUACUUCAAGCUGAGUAUUGUGAAAUGCACCUUUGUGUCUCCAUGUAUUUUAUUAUAUUUAAACCAGACAAAAAACGUAUCAAGUGUACUCAGACAACCAGGCUCUUCCUCUCUGGUUAUUUGUUCUAUGAAGGUACUUUAUAUUUCACUGGGAGAAGAGAUAUAUUUUUUUUACGUGCCUUUACCUGUUGCUGACUUAGUGAAUAAAUAUUUAUUCUGUGGGA